CCACCUUCUCAUUUAAACUGCUUCCUGUGAGUCGCCUGACUCCUUCAGCUUCAGUCAGUGUGCCGUCAGUCGAACUCGGUGGCUGCUGCGCUCGCAGAUUGUCUUGGAAGUGGUGCAUUCGGCGUUUUGUCAACUUUUCUUUUUGGACUCAAAAAACGGGGAUCAACCUCUUUUUUUAAAAAAAAAAAAGAAACCCAGUGAGCAAUGGCCACAUUACAAGAGAAACUGAUCACUCCAGUUGCGGGCGCAAGCUCAGAAGGCCCGAGGAACAAGGUCACAGUGGUGGGCGUUGGCCAGGUGGGCAUGGCCUGUGCUGUCAGCAUUCUCCUGAAGGACCUGGCUGAUGAGAUGGCCCUUGUAGAUGUGAUAGAGGACAAGCUUAAGGGAGAGAUGAUGGACCUUCUUCAUGGGAGCCUCUUCCUCAAGACACCCAAGAUUGUAGCAGAUAAAGACUACGCAGUAACUGCCAACUCGCGCAUCGUGGUGGUGACCGCGGGUGUCCGUCAGCAGGAGGGGGAGAGCCGCUUGAACCUGGUGCAGAGGAACGUCAACAUCUUCAAGCACAUCAUCCCACAGAUAGUCAAGUACAGCCCGAACUGCAUCCUGAUUGUGGUGUCCAACCCAGUGGACAUCCUGACCUAUGUGACCUGGAAGCUGAGCGGUCUGCCCCAACACCGCGUGAUCGGCAGCGGCUGCAACCUGGACUCGGCCCGUUUCCGCUACCUCAUGGCUGAGAAGCUAGGAAUCCACGCAACCAGCUUCAACGGCUGGGUUCUGGGGGAGCAUGGGGACUCCAGUGUCCCUGUGUGGAGUGGUGCCAAUGUGGCAGGAGUUAAUCUUCAGAAGCUGAAUCCUGAUAUUGGCUCAGACAAGGACCCGGAGGGUUGGAAGGAAAUGCACAAAUUGGUGGUGGACAGUGCCUAUGAGGUUAUUAAGCUGAAGGGAUACACAAACUGGGCUAUUGGCCUUAGUGUGGCUGAUCUCACCGAGUCCAUUGUCAAGAACCUCAGCAGGAUUCACCCUGUCUCGACCAUGGUGAAGGGCAUGUAUGGUAUUAACGAUGAGGUUUACCUCAGCCUGCCUUGCGUUCUUAACAAUGGAGGGGUGAGCAGUGUCAUCAACACGACUCUGACGGACGAUGAGGUGGCCAAGCUGACCAAGAGUGCGGAGACGCUUUGGGGAAUCCAGAAGGACCUGAAAGACCUGUAACCAGUCCGAUCGAGGGAACCAGCCAUUCCAGAAACGCACACAAAGGGCUCUUUAGUCAGUUUUUCAGUCCUGACUGGCUUCAAAACUCAACAGUCGAAAAAGUUAAUAUUGUAGAUGAAGGAUUGAUUAAGUACCCUGAAAUACUUGUUACACUUUUCAUGGAUUGAAAAACGAGAAAUAAAGUGCAUAGUCUGAUUAA